GCCUGAAGUUUAAUGUUCUAGACUCUGGAGCAACGUUUUCAUGUAGAAUAUUGUAUCAAUCAGGGUUCUCUGGAGACGCAGAAGCAAUAGGAGAUGCUUUGUCUUAAAGAGGCCAGGCCAUUGAAUAUGCUCAAAAACACUCAACUACGAUGUUCUCUGCUACAGGUUUUGGCUUUAAGGAGAAUACAAGACAAAUAUAAUUACCCUGAUUGAACGUACUAGAAAAUAAAGUCAUCAAUAGCUGUCUUCAUCCUCUGAGUUAACCAGAAAGUACUCUCAGAAAUCACAAGCCAGGUCUGGACUAUUACUUAAAAAAUAGUUAACUGGCUGUAAUUUUGAUACCUUUUAGAGAAGCAGUAUAGCAUAAUGUUUAAGAGCAAUGGUGUGGAAGUCACAUUCCUGAGUUGUUUUCUGAACUUUCCUGCCCAUGUGCCAAAGUGUCACCUUGGGCAAGUUAUUUGUUUGAGCCUAAAUUCCUUCAUUAUAUACAAAAUGGACAAUAAUAUCACCUUACCAAGCUUUUCACAUCUCCAAGAUAACUUGAGAAGAUUCCAAAACCGGAAAAAAACCAAACUUUUAAACUGUCUUGUUAUCCGCACUAAUAAUAGAAAAGGUAACUUCCGUUUUGCUUUAUGACACUGCCACCUAUCAGAACCCCACAGGGAGGUUGUUUUGUUUUAAAAUGGCUUAAAAAUAUACUAAGAAUGACUUAAGUAAUGGAGGAAAGUGCACUUAUCCCAAAAUGUUCAGCUCGAUGAAUUUUCACAAACUGAACACAUCCCUUGUCAUUCCCGAGGUUACGGAAGAAAAGGCCCCACCCUGGAGAUUCUGAGGCUUGAACCUGGGCAAGUAUAUUUUAAAUCACCUCAGGUGAUUCUGACUCGCCGUCGGGUCCGAGAACAACGUGGAUGCGUGAGGGUGUAGUCAGGCAGUGUCAGACUCAAUCCGGCCAAGGCGGGACACUUUCCUCUCUAGAGCCCAGCACAUACCAGGCGCUGUAACCCGCACCCUCGGCAACCAUAGCACGUUCCACGACGUCAUCUCGCUAACCUCUCCCUUUUCUUUAAUCACCAUCCUAGAGCUGGGUAAGUGGUCAAGAGACCGCUCCCUAACCGUCUCGUGGCACCGAGCAUCGGGAAGGUUCCUCCUUGGGGCCGCUGGAAACGGCCAAGUUUGGCGCCGAACCAACCUCCCACCCCCGGUGGCUGGCGCCCAACCGCUUAGCCUACGCCCCAGGCCGCCGCGCCCAACGGCCGGCCCCGCCCAUCCCUGCGUGAUGACGUGCACUUGCCUCCUGCGGGCGGAAGCGCGGGCGCGCCAGCGGCAGUUUGGCGAGCGGUGGGGCGGGGCUGGGCGAUCGCCCUCAGAGAGGCUGUGGCGCGCGCAGUAGAGAGUGUUGGGCCUGGGGACCCGGGUUACGCGGGUUCACCCAGCCCGCCUUGGUUGGGGGAGGGGGAAGCGGUGUGUCAGAGUAAAUUGCUGCCGCCCUCUGUGGACGUGGUUUCGUGAUGAGCGGCUCCCGGGAAAAGUGUCCAGUACGGGUGGACGCCCCAGGGGCCGGGGGCGACCUGGGCCCCACCGCGGCCAGGGGUCCCAAGGCUGAGGGGGACCCGGCGCCCGAGCCCCCUGCUUCAAUGCUGAGCGUGGACGUGCCGGAGCUGCUGUCUCAGUUCGCGCGCAGCUUCGUGUUGCUCUUCCCGGUGUAUGCGCUCGGCUACCUGGGGCUGAGCUUCAGCUGGAUCCUGCUGGGGCUGGGGCUGCUCUUCUGGUGCCGGAGGAACAAGGGCCAUAAGACGUCCCGCCUCUCCCGGGCGCUGGCCUUCCUGGAGGACGAGGAGCAGGCGGUGCGCCUCAGCGUCUGCUCCUCCGACCUGCCCGCCUGGGUUCAUUUUCCCGACACUGAAAGAGCAGAAUGGCUAAAUAAGACUGUAAAACACAUGUGGCCUUUUAUUUGCCAAUUUAUAGAGAAGUUGUUUCGAGAAACAAUAGAACCAGCUGUUCGUGGAGCAAACACCCACCUUAGUACCUUUAGUUUCACAAAGGUUGACAUGGGUCAGCAGCCCCUCAGGAUCAAUGGUGUUAAGGUAUAUACUGAAAAUGUAGACAAAAGGCAAAUUAUUUUGGAUCUUCAAAUUAGUUUUGUAGGAAAUUGUGAGAUUGAUUUGGAGAUCAAGCGAUAUUUUUGUAGAGCUGGUGUGAAAAGUAUACAGAUUCAUGGUACAAUGCGGGUGAUCUUGGAACCAUUGAUUGGAGACAUGCCCUUAGUUGGAGCUUUGUCGAUCUUCUUCCUGCGGAAACCACUUUUGGAAAUUAACUGGACAGGACUAACUAAUCUUCUAGAUAUCCCUGGGUUGAAUGGUUUAUCAGAUACUAUCAUUCUGGAUAUAAUAUCGAACUAUCUGGUGCUUCCCAAUCGAAUCACCGUUCCUCUUGUCACUGAAGUUCAGAUAGCUCAGUUGCGGUUUCCUAUACCAAAGGGUGUUCUAAGGAUACAUUUUAUUGAAGCUCAGGAUCUUCAGGGUAAAGAUACUUACCUUAAGGGACUUCUUAAGGGAAAGUCAGACCCCUAUGGAGUUAUUCGAGUUGGCAACCAAAUCUUCCAAAGCAAAGUUAUCAAAGAAAAUCUUAGUCCAAAGUGGAAUGAAGUUUAUGAGGCUUUAGUUUAUGAACAUCCUGGGCAGGAAUUAGAAAUUGAGCUCUUUGAUGAAGACCCAGAUAAGGAUGACUUUUUAGGAAGUCUCAUGAUUGAUCUUACUGAAGUUGAAAAGGAGCGCCUUUUAGAUGAAUGGUUCACUCUGGAUGAGGUUCCGAAAGGAAAGCUUCACCUGAAACUGGAAUGGCUCACAUUAAUGCCAAAUGCUUCAAAUCUCGAUAAGGUGCUAACAGACAUCAAAGCUGACAAAGACCAAGCCAAUGAUGGUCUUUCCUCUGCAUUGCUUAUCUUGUAUUUAGAUUCAGCAAGGAAUCUUCCAAAUAAUCCAUUAGAAUUUAACCCCGAUGGCUUGAAGAAGACUGCAGUUCAGAAAGCUUUAAAGUCAGGGAAGAAAAUAAGCAGCAACCCAAAUCCUGUUGUCCAAAUGUCAGUUGGACACAAAGCUCAAGAGAGUAAGAUUCGGUACAAAACCAAUGAACCUGUGUGGGAAGAAAACUUCACUUUCUUCAUUCACAAUCCAAAGCACCAGGACCUUGAAAUUGAGGUCAAGGAUGAACAGCAUCAGUGUUCUUUGGGGAAUCUGAAGAUUCCUCUCAGCCAGCUGCUCACAAGUCAUGAUAUGACCAUGAACCAACGAUUCCAACUUAGUAAUUCAGGUCCAAACAGCACUAUAAAAAUGAAGAUUGCCCUCAGGGUACUUUACCUUGAAAAGCAAGAAAGGUCUCCAGAUCACCAACAUUCAGCUCAAGUAAAAAGGCCCUCUGUUUCCAAAGAAGGGAGAAAAAUACCUGUCAAAUCUCAGAUUUCUGUAUCUCCAGCCACUGAGGGCAGCAAAACUACUCCAUCGACACCAGUAAUUGAUGGCAGUAGUAAGACUGACAUGGAAGAGAAAGACCAGCCUUCUAAUGCCAGCCCUCAGUGGCCACGUGAUCUCAGCAGAAGCUCCUCCAGCCUCCAGGCCUCCAAUUUUACCUAUUCCCCAAGCCACAUUUCAGUCAAGGAGCCCACACCAAGCAUAGCCUCAGAUGUAUCACUGCCAGUUGCCACACAGGAACUUCGGCAAAGAUUGCAGCAGCUUGAAAAUGGAACAACAUUGGGACAAUCUCCACUUGGACAAAUUCAGUUGACAAUACGUCACAGUUCUCAAAGAAACAAGCUUAUUGUGGUUGUGCAUUCCUGCCGAAAUCUUAUUGCCUUUUCUGAAGAUGGCUCUGAUCCCUAUGUCCGAAUGUAUUUAUUACCAGACAAGAGGAGGUCAGGAAGAAGAAAAACCCAUGUUUCAAAGAAAACAUUAAAUCCAGUGUUUGAUCAAAGCUUUGAUUUUAGUGUUUCACUACCAGAAGUGCAAAGGAGAACAUUAGACGUAGCAGUAAAGAACAGUGGUGGUUUCUUGUCCAAAGACAAAGGGCUUCUUGGCAAAGUAUUGGUUGCUCUAGCCUCUGAAGAACUUGCCAAAGGCUGGACCCAGUGGUAUGAUCUAACUGAAGAUGGCACACGACUGCGCACAGUAACAUAGAUCAUUCUUGGACAUGAAGAAUUUUUCCUUGUUGUAUUUAUCCCAUCUUUGUAUACUUUGAAUGCAUCACUCUCACAGAUGUACCGAUAUUAUUUUUAUAAUUUCAUGUAUUUAGUUAUUACAUACCUUAAAAGUUUUAUAAAUCAUAUGUUGACAUUUUAGGCAGAUAUGGCCGAUAUUAUUGUUAAAUUUUGUAUGUUUAGUUUAUUCUAAUAUUUCACCAGUCAUUGCAAUGUACAGUAAGGUAGUAGUUAAUUAUGGUGUUAUGUAAAACUGUACACCAGUGGUAUCUACUAGAAAGUGGAUAUAUGUGUAUGCUUUAUUAUUGCCUUGUUCUGUAUAUCACUGAGGUACACUGUGCCAUGUAAAUAGACUCUAUUUUUUAUAAUGUCUACAUGCUGGUUUGAAUUCAGAAGAAGACUGAUCAAGGAAAUGCAUAUUUUCUGCUAAAUCACAUGAAAUUCUUGUGACAAAUAAUCAUUUUUGUCUUUGCAGCAAAAAGUUCUCAGUGCUCUAUUUUGUGCUGUUUCUUUUUAAAAAGAAAAACUGAAAGAUUAUUAAAUAUUAGCAUAUUUCUUGCCCAUUACAGCUGAUGAAAGAAAGUAUUCAAAAUGUUAACAUUUUCAUAAUAUAAAGAUGUAUUAUCAAAAAGUCAGUUGAAGGGCUUAUAAGGAAAAAUGUUUUAUAACUGAGUAAUAUAAAAUAUUAAGAGAAUUGUCAUAGUUUAUAAGUCAUGGUAUACUAAUCUAAAAUUUCUUACCUAUAAAUGAAAUGUUUUAUGUUUAUUUUUAAUUGCUUGGAGCCCUGGUCAAACAUAGUGGUUAAAGCUACUGCUGCUAAGCAAAGAGCUGGCAGUUCAAAUCCACCAGCUGCUUCUUGGAAACUCUAUGGGGCAGUUCUACUCUGCCCUAUAGGGCUGCUAUGAGUUGGAAUCAACUCAACAACGAUUUCUUUGGUUUUUAAUAGCUGAUUGUAACUUAUUCAUGAAAUGAUACACAGAUACAACAAAUUGUACUUUUCCUAAAAUACAAUGCAGAGCAGACUUUCAAUGUUAGCAAUUAGGAUGUUGUAAAGUAGUCAGUCAUGAGCUUUGUUUAUCUUUAGUGUUUUCCCAGCCUGUAAAACAAGGAAGGCACACAUUGUCGUUACAAAAGUUGCAAGAUAGAUUGGGUUGGGUAAAUGGAAUAUUGAGUUAACUGAUAGUUUUUCUAUUCAUUAGUUAAUGUGAGAAGAGCUUGGUUUUACAUCAUCCAUAAGGAAUGAAAGAGCCCUGGUGGUGCAGUGGUUAAGAGCUCAGCUGCUAACCGAAAGGUUGGUGGUUUGAACCCACCAGCUGCUCUGUGGGAAAAAGAUGUGGCUGGGAGUCCGCUUCCAUAAAGAUUACAGCCUUGGAAACCCUUUGGGGCAGUUCUACUCUGUCCUGUAGGGUUUGGAAUUGACUCAACAGUAGUGGGUUUGGUUUUGGGUUUUUAUGGGGCGUGAUGAGCUGGAACACUGUUUGAUUCUGCUGAUACUCAUAGGCUACCACCAGGACCAAAGGGUUUCAAGACAGCUGCCAACACAAGCAGCCAUUAGUUUAAAAUAACAAUUUCCUGGGUUUUCUUAUCUUAUGCCAUGACUGACCUUAAUAUUGGGAUAUUGCUAUAUAAUUUUUAUUUUGGAAUUUUUUUUUUCUUUUUAGAUUAUUAAAAGCAUGUUUUAUAUACUUAAGAGUCCCAAAAACCUCUUGUAAGGUGAGGCUAUAUAGCAGUCUCAUAAGCUAUGCAUGCCUAAAACAAAGUAUGCACACAUACAGAGAGAUUUUUAAAUAUAUCUUCUAAGCUGUGUGGUGAAAAUGGCUUUCCUAGCCAUGAGAACAUUUUUAAACUAUGUAUAAAUAUGUUGGGGAAAAUAUAGCUUUGUAAUUGAAAUUGGUGGUCUUACCUUAAUUGGUUUCAUGAAACUAAACAACUUCUGGAUAGAUUACAUGACCAAACAUACCAAAGUGCCUGUGAUGAGCAGAGAUUGUUAUUUCUUCUCAGAUUGUUUUUACACACACUGGCCUUGCAGUGAGUUUUCAUUUGUUUUAACUUCGAACCAUGAGAUUACUUAUAAUGGAGUCUGUAACUUCACAACAUAUUUCAUGUAAUCAUAAAGACUACUAUAAUCUCAUUAUUUACUAUUUAAUGAAACUUCAUCUAAAGCCUCAUUAUAAACCAAUUCCAUUGUUAGUAUAUAGAGUUGAUUCUUCUGGGAGGAAGUUUAUAUAUAUGUUGAUACACACAUAUGAACAUAUGUAAACACAAAAUAUUUAACAAUGGUAUUUUAGUAGUAUGAGAAAGAUAAACAAUAACAUUAAAUCUAAUUGCCUACCCAUGGUAUUAGAGUAUUUGAAGAUUUUUUUUUUUUUAAUUAGGUCUCUUGAAGGGCUUCUGGCAUAAUCUGUAAAAGAGAAGAAAAACUCAGUCAUUUUUACUAGCAUCCUAAACAUGUGGGUUUUGUAGUCACAUGCUUAAUCUAUUCAGUCUAUUCAACAUAGACCAUCCUUGAACAUAUUUUACUUAAUGGAAUGCUUUAUUUAAGCAGUUAGGCGAAGUCGAUAGAAUUAAAGGUACAAAACACAAAGGAACCCAGUUUAGCAGCACAAUGGGUCGCCCUUUGAUGCCAGAAGCUUCAUUUCAGUCACUGUCAGUCCAGUUGUGGGAGAGUUAUCACCAAGGAGUUUGGAUACCAAGUCCACACCUGCAGGUUAUGAGCCUUCUUGUAGCUGCCUCCGUUCUCUUUAAAAGGAAAGAAAGAAAGAAAAAGGCAAAAUAUGACACUAACGUACCUCCCAGAUUAUGGUUAAGUCUUUUGUGGCAAGAUUAGAAUUAAAAGGGAAGCUUUUAAUUAUAUUACAAGGGUGAAAGGUUACAGAAUGACCAAUCAAGGCCAUUCCUAGAAUCCUGAUAAUGAUGAAAACUCUGAGUUGUUCUCAAAACGUUCAUUCUUAGUUUAUAAUGAUUGGUUGAUCUAAGAAAAGGGAACUUUAACCUCUCUACUUUUAAGGCAAACCAAUGAAGGGAAAGCAUCUUAAGUGAGUCCUAAAGUGCAGUUUUGGUUAGCAUGUACAUGUGGAUUGCUUAUCCUGUGCCUUAAAGUAUGGAAAUACGGAAGUGUUGUUUUCAAGUUUCAGAUUUAAAACAUAAGAAGCCUUGUAGCUGUAUUUACCACAGUUUAUAAUCUGUACUAUGAGAAUUCCUUUCACUGACUUUCAUCAUCAAGAAGGUCAGCCCUUCUUUUUCAGGAACUUAAGCCAAAUACAAAUUAGUGUGUAAACAACUUUGCAUUUAUAUUGUAGUCAAUAUUUUAAUUCCAAUUCUAGCUUUGUCCUCUCUGCAGGUGGAAAAAGCAGAGGGAUUUAUUAUUAUUAUUAUUAUUAUUAUUAUUAUAGACUGCCUUUUUGCUCAACUAAUUUUACAUGACAGUGCAUGUAUUUAUUCAAUAAAACUUUUCUGUUAGCUCACUUGUGAUUUGCUUUUCCUUUAUAUUUUGAAAUGAAUUUUUUAGUGUGGGAGGGACCAGAUGACUUGAAAGUAGAUAUAGUGUGCUAUUUGCAUUUGCUAUUUUUGAGUUCUUUCAUUUUCAGAGCAACUACAUGGGAUUAUUUGGUAUUACUCCUUUUGUUAUCUUAAUUUGACUCUUCCCUGCCUAGCUUAAACUCUAGGUUUUGAAAACGGCUCUCGUGAGAAUAAGCAUAGUAGAAAUAGUAGUCUUUUAAUAUGCUUUAUAACCAGAGCACUGAAAAGUAAUGAACCUGAAGCUGCUGAGACUGUCUGGAUGUUUGAACAAAUUAAGGGAGGAAUACUAGAGAUAUUC